CCAGCUUUUAAUUGGAUGACGGUGUGCCACGUGCGCGUUUCGUUAGUACCGUAUCUCGUGAGCAAAUGUGAUUACCUGACAGGUUGUUCCGUGCAGCUCUUUGAGAUCUCAUCUCAGGUUUCAUCUGGAGCUCCUGGUGACCUCCCACAGGUGGAACAAGGGCUUCUGAGUGCAACAAGCAACUGUCUGGCAAACACAAUGGCUUUGAACUCCUUUGACAUCGAUGCUCCGCGGUGGGACCAGACCACGUUUAUGGGGCGGCUGAAGCACUUCUUCAACAUCACCGACUGCAGAACCGCGCUCCUCUCCGACUCACGGCUGGAUGAAGCCAAAGUGUUAGUAGAAAGCUACAGGGCAGGAUCCGCCCCUCCGGGUACCUCAGUGGAGCAACUCUACUAUGCAAAGAAGCUGUAUGAUUCGGCCUUCCACCCAGACACAGGAGACCGUAUGAACCUCAUCGGCCGCAUGUCCUUCCAGGUUCCUGGAGGCAUGGCCAUCACGGGCUUCAUGCUGCAGUUCUACAGGACCGUUCCUGCUGUGGUGUUCUGGCAGUGGGUCAAUCAGUCCUUCAACGCUCUGGUCAACUACACCAACCGCAACGCUGCUUCACCAAUUUCUCCAAAGCAGAUCGGAGUGGCUUAUGUUACAGCAACCAGCACAGCUUUAGCGACAGCAGUGGGUCUCAACCUUUACACAAAGAAAGCUCCUCCUCUCGUGGCUCGCUGGGUCCCAUUUGCAGCCGUGGCAGCAGCCAACUGUGUGAACAUUCCCAUGAUGAGGCAACAGGAAAUUCUGAAUGGCAUAGCCGUCACGGAUGAAAAUGGCAACACACUGGGUCACUCGAAGAAAGCAGCAGCAAAAGGCAUCACUCAGGUGGCCAUCUCCCGGAUCACCAUGGCAGCACCAGGAAUGAUCAUCCUGCCCAUCAUCAUGCAGAGGCUGGAAAAGUACAAGUUCAUGCAGAGAAUCACCUUUCUUCACGGACCUAUUCAGGUCAUGUUUGUGGGAGCCUUUCUGAUCUUCAUGGUGCCGGCUGCCUGCUCCCUGUUCCCUCAGAGAUGCUCCAUGACUGUGUCGAAGCUGGAGCCCGAGCUUAGAGACUCCAUCGUGUCUCGAUACGGCGAUAAAGUCCAGCUAGUUUACUUCAACAAAGGCCUCUGAGGCCCAGAGGCCUGCUUAUGUUCUCACUCUGACACACCGCAUUGGGUGCUUCAUUCUGUGCUUUAAAAAGCUUGCCAUGAAUUAGCAAUCUAAAUUAAUUUCUAUGUUUCUUUUAUUUCAUUUUGGAAUCUGCUUCUUUUCAGUCGUAUUCAGCUUUUCUUUUUUAUCAAUCCCCUUUCGGUAGAGAGGACUGCUGUUCAGGUCGUCAAAUGAUCUCAACUCAGGAACACAGCGUUACUUUGCUCUUUGUUGUAAAAUGAGCCAUCGGUGUUCUCAUCCUCCCUACAGUGUGCCUUUUGCAGAGCAACAGGAGCACUGUUGCUAAAGUUUGGUCAUUUUUUUGUUAAAUAGUAUUGGCUUCACUGUGGAACCCUAAGUUGCCUUUAUGACCACGACCAUGACUCUAAAACAGUCCCUCAUUCUACUGGAAGCUACUGCCCUCUUGUGCCGGAAAGGACGUCGGCUGU